UGUACGCGGACCCGCGAAAGCUUAUGUUUAUGGUGCUCCUUGCUCCUCCAGGUACGGGUACAAGCCGAAACACGACCUCUGGGAGGCCUACCAGCGGAGGUUUGUGAACAGCGUCAGCACGGCGGACAGUGCAGAUGACUUCCAGAAGCUCUUCCUCGGCUCCUACGAUGAGAACUUCCAGGGCGUGCCGCUUCUCGUGAGCGAGUACCACGCGCAGAACCUGUGGGUGGACCAGGGCAGCGACCUGGAAGCCAUCCUGAAGGUGGCGGCUAGCGGCGACAGCAUGCUCACCGGCAUCCUCUUCUACGAGUUUCAGGUCCGUUACGACCUGAAGGACCAGGAUCUAGAAUUCGGCAUCUUUGGCCUGGGCGACAAAGCGAUCGCCAAGUUCAACUUCGGCACGAGCAUCUACAGUUCCUGGUGCCUGGACCCGGCAGAGCAGGAGGGGUCGCAGACCCCCUUGUUCGAGGCCGUCCAGCAGGCCUUCGGUGGCCGCGGCCUGCAUCGCUCGCAGCUCUGCGCGAGCUCGGGCCUGGGCGACGAGGAGCUCGAGGACUCCAACGCGUCCUGGGACCCCAACGCCUCCGAGUCGACGACGGACGCGGUGCCCCCGCCCGGCGAGCCGGUGGAGCCGGCGACCACGCUGCGCGGGUUCCUGACGCUGAGCGCGGGCGCUGGCGCGGGCCUGGACGAGGACCGCGUGGCGGGCGCCGUGCAGGUCACGCUAUCGGUGUGGCUCAACCUGAGCGCCCAGCAGGUCGGGACUUCAGUCCACGCGUCCUCGAGCCCGCUGGCGCCCUCCAUGGAGUGGCAGGUGUCAUACAGGGUCGACGUGCCGGACUCGAGGUACCCCUACACCAGGCUGGUGAGCGACGCCAUCGUGCAGCAGCCGGAUGCCUUCGAGGAGACCCUGCGGCAGCGGCUCGUCGAGGGCGGAGUGGAAGAGGCCGAGCUCGCCGGGAGCGCCUUCGGCAUCUCUGGCUUCACUGGCCUGCAGGGCCCCGAGCCUACUUCGACCAGAACUUCGAUCACCACCAUGGUCACCACCACGCAGACCACCACCACCACCAGGCCGUGGACGAAGCUGACGGGCUUCCUGUCGAUGGUUGCGACGGAGGCGACCAAGGAGCAGCUGGAGGAGGUGGUAAGGUCCUCCCUCGGCAUGCGGCUGAACAUCCCAGCGAGCCAGGUCGUGGAGAUCUCGGUGUUCCCGGAAGACCGGCGCUUGCUCGCCGUUGACGGCCAGACGCGGUCGGCGUCCGCGCGCCACACUUGGGACGCAUCCUACACCAUCAGGGCGUACGAAGGAGAGGUCGCGAGCGUGAAGAACCUGGCGCACUUCAUCGGCAAGGACCCCGCGACCUUCGUGUCUACGAUGCGGGGGCUGCUGGCGCAGAAGGGCCUGCAGGACUCGUCCCUGACGCCAGAGGCGCUGCAGGUGGUCGUCUUCUCCGAGCUGCUCGGGGGCACGACCACUACGGUGACGAGGAGCACGGGGACCACCACCGCCGCCGAGGGCCCCGCCGCAGAGCCGGCGGCGCCAGAGGAGCCCGUGGACGUGCCCCUGGACGACUCGAUGUCCGAGCCCGACGUGGCUGUGCCGGAUAGCGAGGAGGGCGGGGAGCCGGGGGCGGGUCUCGAGGUGGACGGUCUGACGUUCGACUGCCACGACGGCGAGGCGGUGUGGACGAGCGGGUGGUCGCCGUACAAGAUCUCGUGGUGCUGCGAGCACGAGCAGGUCGGAUGCGAGGCGACGACCUCGUCCGACCCGUACGACUGCCAGGCCGGGCUGUCCAACUGGGAGCGGGGCUGGUCCGCCAGCAAGAUGGCCUGGUGCUGCAAUCAUAGGCAGCUCGGGUGCCAGACCACGGAGGCGCCCUCCGACCCGUUCGACUGCAGCGCGGGGUACGCGCACUGGCAGCGGGGGUGGUCCGAGGGCAAGACCUCCUGGUGCUGCGAGAACAAGCGCCUCGGGUGCGACCCGAACGAGGAGGGUCCAGGUCCUGCUUAGCAGCCUUGGCCGCCAGAAUUGGGUGCGGCCAGCGCGGCCACCCUGCAAGAAGGGCGCCCUCAUAGAAUAUGACAGCGCCAGCAGGAGGAGGCUAAUGCCACCCCCCGCGCACCGCAGCAGGCAGAGGGGGAGGCCCCCUCCUCCUCCUCCUCCUCCUCCUUCUCCUCCUCCUCCUCCUCCUCCUCCUCCUUCCUCCUCCUCGUUUCUGACUCUGACCCGAACCGCGCGCCGCCCUUGUGUGACCGCCUUCUCCGCCUUCUCCAGGCAAAUUCGCCUCCUACCCGCGACGCCCACCUGUCUAUCGCAAUGGGCGCGCGACAGUGUCAGCAGCGCCCGAGCACUCCCGCUCCGCUCUCCUCCGCGGCGGCGCACCCGGCGGCGCGGUGCGGCGCCGCGAAC